GGGAAACAUCUCUCCAGGAAUCGCUCGUUUAGGAGAUAUUUCUAAUUCACGUCGCCCCUUUUCUCUCUGGAUUACAAAUUCCUGCUAGAAAGAAAUAAUGCCCGUUACACGUUUACGGAUGAGGCCAUGGCUAGAGGAGCAAAUAAACUCCAACAAAAUCCCUGGACUUUCAUGGAUCAACAAGGAAGAAAUGAUAUUUGAGAUCCCUUGGAAACACGCUGCUAGACAUGGAUGGGACAUCAAUAAAGAUGCGUGCCUUUUCCGUAGCUGGGCUGUCCAUACAGGACGUAUUAAGUCUGGUGAGAAGGAGACAGACCCUAAGACUUGGAAGGCCAAUUUCCGCUGUGCAAUGAACUCCCUGCCAGAUAUAAAAGAAGUAAAAGACAAAAGCAUAUACAAAGGUUCCAGUGCAGUCCGAGUGUAUAAAAUGCUCCCGCCUCAAAUAAAGGCCGAGAAGAAAGAACGCAGAUCCAAGGCAAAAGACUCCAAAAGCAAAGCCAAGAAAAAGACUGAGGAAGAUGAGGAAUCUGUGAAAACUAGCCCUUUGCCUGCAGACCACAGCUACACCUCUAAUGUGUAUACAGACCAAGAAGACAUGGAUUCUGUGGAUGCGGCUGUAAUGAGUAUCAAUGAAAGUGUCUCUGGCAACUUAGAUUGGGACAGUCAACUUCAAAUGCCAUUGCCUGACAGCACAAAUGACCUCUACCCUUUCCAGGUGUCACCCUUAAAUUCAUCUUCAGAAGAGGAAGAUGAAUGUAUGACCCUUACAGAGGACUUUCUAAAAUUGUUAGAGCCAAGCACAGAAUGGCAGCAGACAAGCAUUGAUGGCAAAGGGUUUUUCACCAAUGAAUCUGGCCUGCAGACCUCCUGCCUUACUGAAAUAAGCUCUGCAUUCGAUGGCACGUUAUCGGGCGAAAUACAAGUCAGAUUCUCCACAGACAUGAUCAACUGGCCAGAGUCAAGCUUUUCCUCCAGGGCUACUGGGGUAGCUAUCUCUACAUUCUGAACUUUACCUCCUACCAUUCCAAAGCACUUAUCAUGGAGAACUGACUGGCAGAAGUCCAGUUCUGGGGGAACAGGCAGGACAUUAUUUGGUCACUACUGCUGGGUUGGCCAUUACCGACUGUGAAAAGGAGGACAAGUCAUAUGUGGACGUCUGAUUUGUUACUUUUUUACUCAACACUGAAGCGGAAUAUAUAGCACUACAUUGUAUAUGUGAAAGUCAGCCUGUUCCUACCCUCUGUGACUCAUACACUGAUAGAACCUAUUAGCAAUACUGCAAUAUUUUGUGCACUUAAUUUGAAACUUUGCAUUGGUGUAAUGUAAAUAUAUUGAUUGUUAGUGGUUUAACAUUAGUUCUGCAUUCAGCCGUUGCUGACAACUCAAAUGCAAAUAUUCAGGGUUGUUUUGUACUGUAGAAGGAGCACCGCUAAAUACGAAACUAAACUCAUCUAUGCUGGUUAUAACAUGCAAAUACUUUAACAGGUAUUGCUGAGCUGCAUUUCCAGCAUCAAACUGGCCAUACAGGGGCUGAUAUAGUCUCCUGCAUCUCUGGAUAGGUCUGCGCAGGCACUUAAUGUGAUCCAGUCAUAGGCCCAGGGGCCAGAUAAUUGGAUUAGACCGAUUUGGCCCACCACCAUAGUGGAAAAAGUGUGCAAAUAUCAGCAAACAAGCAGCUUUUUAGGUGGUAUGGCCUGCUGUUUACUUGUAAAUGAUUACAUUUUGGGCAGCUAUCAUUCUUCACUUAACGUGUAAUAGGAUAACAACAAAUAAUUUCAGUAUUUCUAAAAUAAGGUUCUAUGCAGAAGUUUUACCAUAAAUAUGCUGUUACUUCAUUGUGAGGUAUUUGUAAAUAGUAUAUUUGUAUAAAAAUGUUUAAAUAAAUUCUGUUUAUAUA